AUGACGCCUGGUGAUCGCUGCUGGUUGUCUGUGCGUUCUGAUAGCAGAGAGUUGUUGCAGGGCCACAGGUAAGGUGCUGGAAAACUGGAGGUUGGCCGACGUGGUGCCGCUAUUUACGAAAGUUGCAAGGAAAUUCCAGGAAACUAUAGACCGGUGAGCCUGACAUCGGUGAUGGUUAUUUUCAAAGGUCUAUUCCUUUGACUUCCAUUCGACACUGCAAAAAUGUCAUAUGGAGCUAUCGAUGGCAGCAGCUUCAGUGGACGGAACCCAUUUGGAGGACCUUCAAGGCAAGGAUAUCAGCCUUUAGCAUCUCAGAUUGACCCCAAUGAAAUUCAAGAGGUUUUUCAGGAACUUACAGCAAACAUCUUCCGCAUUAACACCAAUGUGACUUCCUUAGAGAAGAGUCUGCAAGCUCUGGGGACGCCUAAUGACACACAAGAGCUUAGAGAUGGACUGCACACAACACAGCAGGAGACGAAUAAAACCAUCAGCUCUUCAACGAAGUAUAUUAAGCAGCUCUCGGAAAUAGUGCGUGGAUCAUCCAGGCGAGAAUGGUUGCAGUUGGAUAGGCUUAAGAACCAGCUUUCGGACUCUAUCCAGCGCUAUGGAGGGUUGCAGAAGAAAGUUGCUGAGAAGUCCAGAGCAUUGCUUCCUGCAGCACAGAAAGACAGACAGAUUGCCAAGAACCCAUUCACACAGAUCAGUGAUGAGGACGAGUUCCUUGGCAGAGGGUCCGGCAAAUGGCAAGCAGAUGACUCUUCAGAUCCGACUCAGCCCCAGAGUCAGGCGUUCCUUUCCGAAAUCACAGAGGAUGAAGUAGAAUCUGUAAAACAAAGAGAGGAGGCAAUAUUACAGAUUGAGGCAGAUAUGCUUGAUGUGAAUCAGAUUAUCAAGGAUCUAGCAUUAUUGGUACAUGAACAGGGUGAAAACAUUGAAAAGAGCUCGGAAGAUGAAAUGCUGCCUCAUUCUGACUGGUGUGAUCAUUUUGUCUGUCAUCAUUAUCAUUAUCGUGGUUUCAGUGAAGCACUGAACUUGGCACAAUAUACCUGCAGCUGCCUUUCCCCCUCAACCUUGCCAUUACUCACACCAUUCAGGCUCUGGGAAAAUUCAGCUCAUUGAAUCCAAUUGUUACAGUGGGAUUUCAACUCGUAGAUGGCUCACUUCAUCUGUGGUCACGUUUCAUCAAAUCCACUGUGAAGAGUUGCAACAGGGACUGGAAUAUACACACAAGCAUCCAAUGGCUAGACCCAACCACGUAAAAAGACAAAUAAUCCUUUGGAUUAUUCCACACAAUGUUGGGAAUCUGGCAUGUUAGCUGUGUUCAAUGCUUCUUGAAAACUGCUCGUGAAUUCCAGGCUGAAUUAAGCUAUUUUGCUCUCAUGGAAACGCUUUUAAAACAACAUUUCAAACACAAAAUGCGAUUGAAUCUGCAAUUUUAAUGAUUUACUUGUGAAGGCUGUGCUAUUGAAGUCUUUAUCAUAUUAGUAACCUUCUUUGCAAUCAAAAAUCCUUGGUUUAACUGAGAACUCAAGAUAGUAAGGUGAAAGUAAUUUUUAAAGAUAUUUGCAGCCCUGAUUAACUAUUUAUAUUUUUAACAAAGUUGAUCUUUCGUCUCUGCUUAUUGCUUAUUGAUGUUUCCUGCUGACUGUCUCCUAAUUUGUUUGUAUUUAUUUUGAGCCAACGAGGUACGGAUGUUAUGUAUACUUUGCAUCAUAAACAUAAUGCCUGCAAUGUGGCAAGGGAUGUAAUCUUCGCAGCUCAAAUGCACGUUUUGUAAUUGUCUUUAUGUGUUAAGAGAGAAGUAGGUUCGGUCUGUAUUCCAGUCUAAGAAUUUGCCAGAUGUUUCAAAAAGCUGUCUCCACAGUCAAAAAUACGAGCUUUUAGUUGGUUUGUUGAAAAUGAAUAGUUUUUUUCUUAACCACUGUCAAUAGUUAAAUCCAUAUUGCAGUUAUCAAUGUUAGCUAUAUGAACAUAAUUACACACAUCAGCAUAAGAGAGCUUAUUUUUACAGAGCAUAAAGCAACUCAUGCUGGCUGUGCUUCCACAGGCAACUCACUUGAGGGAAGACUUUAGUUUCAGAGUCCUGGCAUUAAUGCCAGCAAAAUUACCUCAGUGGUCUGUAAGGGAGGGAAACGGAGGGAAGCCUAUCUUCAUUCCUGUGAAUUGAGAGGAGACCUCCUGCACUUCAGCCUCCGUGGCAGCAUUAGUUUAAUUUCGUCUUUUUUUUCCAAAAAAAUAUAUCUGGUUUGGCAGCCACUGGGGUUUUCACACCUUUCCUGCUCACAGAUUUCAAAAAGGAUCUUCACUCUUAAUCUCUGUUUAGAAGCAGAUUUGUUUUGCGAAUGGAUCUGUGCAGUUUGGGGACACAAGUUGGCUCAUUGCUAAACUAGUACAUUGUGUACCUGUUUAAUUCCCAAAGCAUAUAUGUACCCCUUUAAAGUUUGUUUUUGGAUUGUUUGAACAGCUAAGUUGAUUCAAUCUCACACUACAUUGUAAUUGAUGUAUUCUUUAUUUUUUAUUGUGAAUAGUUAUAUCAUUGCUGCAUUAAACUCUUAGUCCUUACCCUAGAACAAAAGAUGAAGAUAUGCAGAUUUGUUUGAGGAGCUUGAUUGUAUCAGUGCUAUUGGACCUUUCGCAGUUGUCCAGACCAGAAGUGAUUAAAUUAUGUUAGUUGA